AUGAGUCUCCUUCCCAACCCCUACCGCCUCCCCGACACCCUCUAUAUCUAUCACGAUACCCCACCACCACUCACACGGCCCCCCUGUCCCCUCCCCACCCUGCAAGACCUCGAAGAAGCCGCCGAUAAUAGCAUCCUCGACAUCGACCACAACACCGACGGGAUGGAGGCCUUCCUCGACCGCCCGCAGCCGUACUCCGUUGAGGAGAAGGGGCGUGCUGCGGUGCUGCUGAAUACGGCGGAGAAGGAGGUGGGGGUGGUGAAUACGCAUAGGGGCGUGUGUGUGCUGCUGAGGGGCAGUGGGGUGGGUGAGGGGAGGCUGGCGGAGUUGCAGCGGAGGUUGGAGGAUGCGGCGAGGGAUAGUGCGGAGGUGGCGGGGGAGCUGUGGGCAUUGGUGAUGGAGUAG